AUGUCGACUACAUACGAUCUUGCCGAUCUGGCACGCGUCGCUCUCAAAGGCAAGACCGUCAUGAUCACGGGAGCCACAGGAGGGAUCGGAUUCUCCACCGCUCGUCUGAUGUAUCGUGCAGGGUGCAACCUGAUCGUUACCGGAAGUAACCAAGAAAAGAUGGACAGGCUGCUGGCGGACCUCGUCGAUGGGGAAGGCAAGGUCUGGUCCUAUAUAUGCGACCUUACCAAGCCGAAGGAGAUCGCCCACAUGAUCGAGAGAUCUGUCAGCGAGUGUUCACCGGUAGACAUCCUCAUCAACAACGCUGGCUUUGCUCUGAAAGCCACCAAGCCGUUCUGGGAGCAGGAUCUCGACGAUGUGGAUACCGUCAUGGACGUCAACGUAAGAGGUCUCAUGCAUAUCACACACGGAAUUCUUCGGUACCACAUGAUGAAGCGGUCUCCUCAGCCGACAGGCACUGUCUUGUUCGUCUCCAGUAUCACCGGUCAUCAAGCUCCACUUAAGGAUUUCAACGAAGCUUCCUACCAUACCUCGAAGGCAGCCGUCGAAGGAUUCGCCUACGUGCUGCGGCACGAGACCUCCGGAACAAACAUCCGAAUCCUCGUCCAUCGCCCCGGCACCACCUUGACGGAAUUCCACUCUCGGCGGCUCGAAUACGACUCUUCGUCGAUCGACGACAUGUUUUCGGGCAUGUGCGCUUUGCAAGCGGACGAUCUUGCCGAGGGGAUCGUCUGGCAAUGCCUUCAGCCGGAGCGGGUCUCUGUCGUUACGAUGGAGACGUUGCCUACUAGCCAGAGGAGCCUGUAUCAGGUUGACAGGAAGUGGGAGGAGCGUAAUCGGGUUUGA